UUCGCAACAAGAGAGAAAACAAAGAAAACCCCCCCUGAAAGUGCUGCAGGUGGUGGGGUGCGUUCCCGUCUCUGUGUGCGUGUGUGCGGUCUUAUUUUCGUUUCGCGAAUUCGCAUAUCGAUCGCGUAUGAUCGGCUGCCGUAUGAUGGCCCUUCAUCAUCGGUACCGGCACUUCUGUUCGUCGUAAAGCUCUCCCCCAUGGGGAGAGGGAAACUCCGUACCAACCGACAGCAUCCACCACCGCCACUGUCGCUGCAUCAACAACGCGCUGGGGGAUGCAGCUUGUACAACAUAGCCAACAACAGCAGCAACAGCACCACCGGUCGGUUAGCGGUAGUAGUACCCUCUUCGGCCUAGGUGAAAUAAAAGUUGCCCCUUCGCUGGAAACCACUUUCAGUCCGUUUUAUGCAAUAGAGGCGUUCGGUGGUUGGAGCGCAUGGGUCACGCGCGUAUCGGAGUGCGAUUCGAGUAGCAAAUCUUAAUUUCCUGGUGCGCUCCAUCGAUCCAGGGUAUCGAGGGGGUUGGUUUUCCAUCAUAGUGUUUCCGUUUUUCUUGCCUCCAGAGUGGGCGAAUGUCCUUCCACCUACAGCGGGUGGAUAUGAGUGUGCUGUGCUAGUGUGCUUGUGUGCAUGUAUUAGUGCUUAUCCUGCUGUGGUGUUGUUCUGUGCUGUGGCUGUAUAGCGAAAGUGAGAGUUUCGCUAAAAUUGGGUCGAGCGGAAUAAAAGCAAAACGGAGGGGGGAACGGAACAUCAUUUUCCCUUUCGUUCGUUUCUCAACACACACGCACAACAAAAUGUCACCUAUGCCACCGGUGCACGAGGAUAUGGAAAUGCGGCAGUGUAGUGAAAUCAAUAAACGUGAGCCUUGGAGGCGGAAAGGCGAAGCGUGCGGUGGUUGGCCGAACGGUCCUGCCAUCUCAAGGCUCGAACGUUGGGCUUCGCCGGUCGCGACGGUGGGUCUGCUGUGGUUAGCCGUCGGUUGCACGCUUGCGGUUGCGAGCUCCGUGCACGAUGGUCACUGCAAACAUCAACAUCCGAAGGCGCAUGAGGUGAUACAUGGAGUGCAGUUGGAACCGCUGCACGUGAUCCGGAAGCGUAGCAUCGAUCAACCACUUCGGAUACUGAUCGUUUACGAUGAGUCCGUCUACCGAUUGGACACCGACAAAUUUUCUCUUAUAAAUAACACCAUUCUGCCGGAAGCGGUACGAUUUUGGGAGCAAGCUCUGAUGGUGCGCCAGACAAAGGAAACCAUAAGACUGAAUCGGAAGUGUGAAAGCAGUCAGGUGUUUGUCAAGAACUCGAUGACGUACUGUAUCGAUUCCUGCAAGCAAGCAACGCUGUGUGGCGAAGUUCAAGUACCACCGGAUCAUCUUGAUGUGUGUCGAGUUUGCAACUCUACCGGACAGGAUUGUCACGAAGAUGCAAACACCACGGCGGGUCCGGGCAUUUCCAAUGCGGACUUUGUGUUUUAUGUCUCCGCGCUACAAUCGGAACGUUGCCAUAAAGGGCUGACGGUCGCCUAUGCGGCACACUGUCAGCAGGAGGCAGCCCUCGAUCGGCCUAUCGCCGGCCAUGCGAACCUUUGCCCCGAUAGCAUUAGCACCAAACCGCAGGAACUGCAAACGCUGCUGUCGACGGUGAAGCACGAGAUUCUGCAUGCGCUCGGGUUUUCGGUGAGCUUGUACGCGUUCUUUCGCAACGAUGACGGGACACCUAGAACGCCCCGCAAACCGGACACUGGGAAGCCUUAUCUGAAUGAAAAAUUCCAGAUCCACCAGUGGAGUGAGGACACCAUCCGCAAGGUGGUUCGUACCGAUUGGGCCGUACGUGAUGGCACGAUUAACCGUACGAUCGAUAUGUUCGUGACGCCGCGUGUGGUGCAGGAGGUUCGCGAUCACUUCAGCUGCCAGAAGCUGGAGGGUGCCGAGCUAGAGGAUCAGGGUGGCGAAGGGACAGCGCUCACGCACUGGGAGAAACGUGUGUUGGAAAACGAAGCAAUGACGGGCACCCACACACAAAGUUCGGCCUUUUCACGGAUUACGUUGGCACUGAUGGAGGAUUCGGGAUGGUACAAAGCGAACUACAGCAUGGCAUCACCAUUGACGUGGGGCCGUGGUUUAGGUUGUAAUUUUGCCAUGCGUAGCUGUAAGGAUUGGAUUACCUCCAACACACUAAGAGGUCGCUCUAUACAUCCGUUCUGUGCAAAGGUGAAACGCGACCCACUUCAAACGGAGUGUACGGAUGAUCGAAGUUCCGUUGCGCUGUGCAAUCUGGUGCGCCACACGGCUCCACUGCCACCGCAGUACCAAAACUUUGAUUCCUUAGCGCACGUUCCUGUGGGAGAGGAAGGAUACUACGGAGGAUCCGUGUCGCUUGCCGAUCACUGCCCCUACAUACAAGAGUUUACCUGGCGUAGCAAAAACGUGGUCGUCCGUGGAUCCCAAUGUCAGUUUGAAGAUAAUAAUCCGAAGCCGGAGAAAAAUUUUGCCCUCGAGUCGUACGGACCUACGUCGAAGUGCUUUGACCACAGCGAAAACAUGUGGGAGGAACGUUCGUGCCGGCAGACGCGCGAAUGGCAACACUGGGGCUCCGGUUGCUAUCAGUACCGCUGUCAGCAUGGCCGUUUGCAUAUUCUGAUAGCGAAUAAAUCCUACGAGUGCUACUUCGCCGGCCAAAAGCUAAAAGUGCAGCUGAUGGCGGAAGGCUGGUUGCAUCGCGGUGCCGUUGUCUGUCCGUCGUGCAAAGAGAUCUGCAAUCCCGAGUUCGAGCGACGCGGAGAACGCUGUAAGAUCAGUGAAAGUGCGCCACCGGAUAGUUACUAUCCAAGGGACGAACUAAAGUGUAGCAGCGCUCAGACGCCGCAUGCGAAGACAUUGCUUGCGAGCCUAAUACUUUUAUCGUUGGCUACGGCCGCCAGUACGAGCGUGCCACGGAUAUACAGCUAAUCGAUGCCUGUCGUCGGUAGGGCGCGUUCUAACAGCAACCAAUGCCAUGCAUUGUGUGUGUGUGGAGAAAUGUUUCGUAUUACCGUUUUUAUCAACCAUUUCAUAUUGUAUGUGAUACUAUCAGCGUCGGCACCGGCAGAAGUAGUAAUGACAAAAGCAUGUCCCCGAUGUCACAAGUCAUAAUAACAUCACGCAAGUUAACACGAUUUAAUAGUGUACGGUGGAAUAAUGUUAAUGUGAAAUCACACUGAUAACGGCGAGCUACGAGCACCACAUCACCAAAUUGAUCAUCCGGCCUGUCGAUAUCUAGAGUCAAACCAACAAUUUCACCUGUAAAUAACUGUCCAAACUCAGAAACCGGUGGUACACACGAUUCUGUGUACGGGGUUUCAUCGUGCACACAGCAACGCACCGAUUUGCUUAUCUCAAUUUCGUAUGGCUGCAAAACAUUCCAUUCGUGUGCAAAGUGAUAAUUUAUUUAAUUUGAUUUUAUUACCAGUUUUACAUUUUUGUGUGCAACAACAACAACAAAAAAAGGAUAAAGGACGCAGUAUUACACGCAUCGCAAAAUUAUUCGAGGGACCUUUUUAUCUCAACACCUACCUGCCCUGAACACGUGACACGUCCCUUCUGCCAUAUUAUGGUAUGAUAAUGUUGUUGCCAAUGAUGUAUGUUUGUUGCUUAAAUAUUUUUCUCCAAAUGAGCCAUUCAGCCAGUCAGCACAUGAAAAUCUAGCAAAAGAGGGCACAAACGGUAAAAAAAAAUCAAACAAA